CAGCACACACCCGAGUGGUUCAGAUGUUAGGAAAGAGAUUGCAGAGAGUUGCUUGUGAGUGAAGAGUGCCCAGGCUGCAACUGGACCUAUCUUCCCUCCCUCCUUCAUCGACAUCUCUUGGGACCUUUCUCCCCAGGACUAAGCUUGGAAUUGCCUGUCCCAGAACAGGAGCCAAUGGAGCUGGGCCACAGAGCAGGUACUGUCACCUUGACCAGGGCCCAAGCUAAUACCAACAAGGAGGGGCAGCAGGAUGCAGAGCCCUGGAGCACGUGCCCACAGCCCCUUGGAACCUCGCAGCUCAAGUACCAGGCCCCGCUUUCCCCGCAGGCACCCCUGCCCCAGGGAGGCAGCACCGGAAGUAGCCAGCUGGGGUUGGACCACCCCGAGGAGAUCCGGCCUCCGCCCCCGACGGCCGUCGCAAGGUUCCCUCGGGGGAAGGACCCGCAGCCUGGGCUCCUGAAGAAGGGCGACCCCAGGCCCUCCUCAAGGGGGAGCAAGGCCUCCCGAGAUGGAGGUCAGCCAUGCCAGGGGCCCAAGGAGGCCCCAGCCUGGCAGCCCAGGACCGAGAGGGCCCAACCCAGGAGCCGGGAGAAGAACAGCGUCAUUCCCAACAACAUCCGCCACAAGUUUGGGAGCAAUGUGGUGGACCAGCUGGUCUCUGAGGAGCAGGCUCGAAGGGCCAUUGGUGAAGUCGUGGAGGGCCAGAAGAGGUCCAGCUCAUGGCCCAGCAGGGCCCAGAACCCCGUGGAACUCUCCUCCAUCUUCUCAGACUACUAUGAUCUGGGCUACAACAUGCGGUCAAACUUAUUUCAAGGGGCUCCUGAGGAGACAAUUAGCCUCAUGAAGGCCUCCUACACCCCAGAAGUGAUUGAGAGAUCAGUGAGGGACAUACAACACUGGCAUGGCAGGAAGACGGAUGAUCUGGGACGGUGGCACCAGAAAAAUGCUAUGAACAUGAACUUGCAGAAAGCAUUGGAUGAAAAACUUGGAGAAAAGAAGUCCAAGGGUUCAAAGUAGUAGAUUCAACACCAAAGGGAUGCCCUCCUCUCA